AUGGAAAGAGUUCAAUCCUUCCUCGUAGGUAUAUUUCUGUUUUUCUUUCAUAUCUAUGACAACCAUGAUUUUCAAUAUUUAUUUAAUUUUCGCCUUCCACUUCUUCGUUUCUUCUUUAAUUUUAAUCUUUAUAACCACUUCUUCUUUGUCAUUUUUCUCACAAUUCGUCCUUAUAAUCCAUUGCCUCUUUUUUCUCUUUUCUUUUACAUUUCCUUCUCCAUCUUCUUGUUCUUCUUCUACUUUACUGCCAUUUAUUCGUCCAAAUAUUCCGUAAAAUUUCCCUUUCUUCCUCUUCACUUUCCAUUAUUUUAUCUUUUCUCUUCCUCCGGUUUUUUCUUUCUUCUUUUUCUUUUCUUGUUUUUUAUCAUUAUCCUUUUCGCUCAGUUGCUUUAUUUUUCUCAUAAACAUUAUUUUUCUUUCCUUCAACUUAGGUUUUUUUUUUUUCAUUUGUUCCUUCCUACGACUUUUGUACUUGUUGUUUUUUUCGUUUCGCCUUUCGUUCUUUCUUUCUUCAUUUAUUUUUCUCAUUUAAUCCAUGAAUGUUGUAUUAACUUCUUUCUUUCUUUCUUUCAUUCUUUCUUUAUUGUUUUGGCUAUUGACAGAUACUUUUCGAUUAUUUUUUACAUCACUUCGUUGUUUAUGUCUUACGCCUUCCCUUAUUUUGAUCCCUUUUUUCCUCCCUUUCCUUCUUUAUUUCUUUCCUUUUUUUUCUUUCUUAUCUUCGUUAGGCCGGUGCAACACUUUCUUUCUUUCUUUCUUCCUUUCUUUCUUUCUUAUUUAUUUGUUUAUUUAUGUAUUUAUUCUUUGAGGACAUUUCUUUCAUUUCUAUUUUUUUGCCUGGCUCUUUCGUUAGAAUUUUGCGUUAGCUUCUUUCUUUUUUUCUUUCUUUCUUUCUUUCUUUCUUUCUUUCUUUCUUUCUUUCUUAUCUACUUAUGUAUUUAUUCCUUGAGGACAUUUCUUUCAUUUCUAUUAGAAUUUUGUGUUAGCUUCUUUUUUUUUCUUUCUUUCUUUCUUUCUUUCUUAUCUACUUAUAAUUUUGCGUUAGCUUCUUUCUUUCUUUUUUUUCUUUCUUUCUUUCUUUUUUUCUUUCUUUCUUUCUUUUUAUUUAUGUAUUUAUUCUUUGAGGACAUUUCUUUCAUUUCUAUUUUUUGCCUGGCUCUUUCGUUAGAAUUUUGCGUUAGCUUCUUUCUUUCUUUCUUUCUUUCUUUCUUUCUUUCUUUCUUUCUUAUUUAUUUAUUUAUGUAUUUAUUCCUUGAGGACAUUUCUUUCAUUUCUAUUAGAAUUUUGCGUCAGCUUCUUUCUUUUUUUUCUUUCUUUCUUUCUUUCUUGCUUUCUUUCUUUCUUUCUUUUUUUUCUUUCUUUCUUUCUUUUUAUUUAUGUAUUUAUUCCUUGAGGACAUUUCUUUCAUUUCUAUUUUUUGCCUUUCUCUUGCAUCUCAGGAUUAACCUUUCAUUUCCUCUUUUCUUUCGUUUCUUUCUUUCUUUGUUAUUAUCGCCUUUAUGUCAUUAUUCUUUUUGUUUAUUUAAUUCCUAUUUAUGUUUCUCUUUUUCUUUCGUAUUUCAAUUCAUAUUAUUGAUUUCUCCUUACGUUUUUGUUCCUUCUGAUUCGUGUCUUCGAUUUCCUUUUAACUUUUCUGUAUUGUUUUAUCUAAUUUUUUCUCACCUUUUCCUUUCUUUCUCAAAUGUUUCAUAUUUAUUCAUUUUGUUUUUCAUUAUUGUUACCUACACACGCGCAUUUUUGUCAUUACAAUUCUGUUUCAUUUGUUUUGUUUUUCUUGCCUUUCUUUUCAUUUUGUCUAUGACAACCGCUUCUUUCUUUUUUAAUUUUUCUUUCUUUUUUUUUUCCUUUAAUGUUCUUUGGAUUUUUGGAUUUCGUUUCGUUUUUUUUUUCUUCAUUCCAUAUAAUUGUAAUUUUUUUUCUUCAUGUUGGAUUCUCGCUCUUUUCUUUCGUUGUCUCUCCCCUUAUUUCUUUUUUCGUUUCCUUCAUUGUUACAACAUUUCUUUUCUAUAA